GGUCGUUGGGGGUGGGAAUCCUAGCCGCUUCUGGCAGGGAGAGGACUGAUCUUUUAUUUAGGCAGUCCUUUUGCAUGCUCGUUCAGUUCCCAACAGUCGCUCUGUGGAGUUGGUGGGAUGUUGCUUUUGCAGACCAGUCCUCUCUGCUAUAUGCAGUGCUGGGGACCUUUUCCUCGACGGGGAUUGGUGGCAUGCCUAAAGCCCAGGCCAAACUCUCCCUCCAGGCUGUGUCUCCCAUUUGGAUGGCUCUUGAAAGCUGAGCAGCGUCCUGCCUGGUGAGCAUGGAUCCGACCUCGCUGCUUCCACUCGUUCUUACCCCUGACCCCCGGGGCUUUAAUCAAGGGGCAGCAGAGCCCAGCGAGCCUCCCUUGGAUCCCUGCAGCCUCCUUGCCGGAAGACGCUACGAGGUGGUGCCCUGUGUGAUCUGCGCGCUUUGCUGCAUCUUCGGCGUGGUGUAUUGCUGUUUUGGUUACCGCUGUUUCAAAGCCAUCAUGUUUCUCUCAGGUCUGCUCUUCGGCUCGGCUGUGAUCUUCCUGCUUUGCUACAAGGAGCGUAUCUUGGACACGCAGCUGAGCCUGGAGGUGAGCGCCGGCAUCGCCCUGGGCAUCGGAGUCCUGUGUGGCCUUGUCACGAUGCUGGUGCACUCGGUUGGAUUGUUCCUGACGGGGCUUCUGCUUGGCUUGCUGACAGCCACCGCUGGGCUGGUGGCCACUGAGCCUCUGUACGCGCUGCCCAGUGCCUGGAUCCCUGCCGGCUCUCUGCUGGGCUCGGCACUCUUGGGCGCGGUCGUGGCCUUGCGCUGGCAGAAAGCCCUCACGGUGAUCUCCACGGCGGUGUUUGGGGGUGCUGUGCUUACCCUUUGCUUGGACUAUGCGGUGGAGAACCUGGCUUUGGGCCACCACGUGUACGAGCGCCUCCGCCUGGCUCCUCCUUCCCCGCUGUGCUGGUGCGGCUGGGCCGUGCUGGCCGCCUGGCCUGGCCUUGCCUUGAUGGGGGUGCUACUGCAGUGGAAGGUGACUGCUGAAGGCUUCUCCCACACUGAUGUGGUCCUGAAUCGGCGCCAGAAGCAGCUGCAGCUGUUACGGAUCCGGCAGCGGGAAGCCAAGAAGAGGCAGAGCCAGGUUCCCCAGGAAGGCUCGUACCGGCAUAAGCCCAGUGCUGUCAAGCGCUGUGCGGGAGAUGUCCUUGCUCCAAGUUAUAUCCAGAGCCUGCGUGACCGCCAGCAGCUGAGAACUGGCACCUCCCUGAGCAACCUGAGUACCACCGCUCACACCACCGUGGACCUGGAUUACGACUGUGGCUCCACUGUGCCCCUCACCACGCCCCGCGGCUGCCUCUGAAGGGGCUGAUUUCUUCUUCCACUCGUGCCUUAAGCCGGAACGUAGCACAACUGAGUCCCAAAUGUUUUUGUCUUGUAUGCAAGCCCCCUCGGCCAGCCUGCCAUAUAUUUUCUAAUUCCCUUUUUAAGACUUCAGAUCAACUGGCUGCAUUUCCCUGCCCUUUUGGGGGGGACAGGGCUUAAGACCACACGUGACUGGAUCAAAGUAGCAGGAGAGAAGGGAUUUUUUUAAAAAAAAUGAAAAGCACAUUAACUUAUUUCCAAUUUAAGUCAAGUAAGGAAGAAAACCACUUUCUGCUGCAGGAAUCUGCAGCUGCCUUCCGGAGUGUGGUGGAAUGAACUGGCUACUCUAGGGUGGCUGCCCUUAUCGUUGAAGCGAGUUUAGUAUCUGCCUUUCAGUGGAUUCAACUAAGCCAUAAUCCUACCCUUUUUGCUUUUAAUGAAGGGAUGAUUUGCCCUAGUUUGCAGCAGAUCCAGUGGGGGAAAACCCUUAACACCUAGUAUCUUUUGGCUUACAUAAACUGCCCUUUGUCAAAACUUUACCUUGGGGGCGAGGAGGUUACUUUCAAGUGGUUUGUUGCACUACAUGGGUAAAUUGCUCUAGUUUGUGGUGCUUUUGACAUUGCCAUUUUGGGGGGAUGUGCACCGUAUAAUAGAAUCCUGUGAGAAUGUUUGCAAUUCAGUUUCCCUUUCUCUUGGCUUAGAGCAAUUUGGCUAGCCGAUAUAGAUGAGAAAGUUAGUAUUCCCCUACCCCCCCCACACACAAACACUUUCAAUUAGGGGUGCAGAAUCACUUUCAGUCGAAUUCCAUAUUGGAGAAGCACUUGGAGGUGUGAGUGGGUGUGUGGGUGGGUGUGGGUGUAUUCCAGCAGUGGGAGGGGCCAAAGGCAUAAGGGGGCAGGGCUGAAGGCAGAGCGAUGUAUCCCAAAAGAGCACAGAUACCAGUACAUUUUAAGUUAAAGCUCUUAAUGCCAUUAACUAUGCUUCAGGAGAGCCAAAAAACUGCACAAAACUGAGGAAAGAACUGCACAAAAGCCAUGAAACCAACAAACGGUUGGUGGUGGGCUUAGGGGAAGGGGGCGUGGGCCAUUUGUGGAAUCCGGGAGAGCCAGGUGGUCAAUUUUGCCUCUCAGGCCUGAGAUUCUGCGCCCUUGAUCUAGAUUAAGCUUCAAGUCCUAUUCAGUCAUUUACCCCUCAUGCAGUUACAACUGCCCAAAAGGAGUGUAGAACUGCCCAGACCGAUGCUGCUCUCUCUGUCAUGCCCUUGCUUGUCUGGGUUCAACACCAUCCAUGAAUUAGGGAGGGAGGGAGAAAUUGGCCUUUCAGAUAUUGUUGGACUCAAACCCAUUAGCCCCUGCUGGCAUGGCUAAUGACUGGGGAUGAUGGAAGUUGCAGCUUAUUAAUAUCUAGAGGCCUAUGGGUUCUCCCCGCCCCCCUGCACUGGGAGAAGGUUUGAAGAGGGGAGGCUUGCUUUCAGGGCCAGUGCCAGACUAUUUUGCGCCCUAGGCAAGGCGAGCUACUUGCAAACUCACCCACCCCAAAUUGCCAACUUCGAAUCAGCUGUUCAAGAAGAGUUUCUGAACUAUUAUAUUUUCCUUUUAUUUUUUCUUAAAACAGCUAAUUUGUAUAAAACUGUGACCCUUAAAGAGCAGUACUGCACCCCUCUGAGGUCUGUGCCCUAGGCGGCUGCCUAGUUGGCCUAAUGGUAGUGCAGGCCCUGCUUGCUUUAGCUGAGAAGGGUUCCCCCAUCUGAUUCAGACACUGUGAUAGUGUGAGGGGUGAAUGCCAAAUAGGACUGUAACUGCCAUUCCGAGUAUCUCUCUCUCUCUUUUUUUUUUUUUAGAAUAUGCAGUGCCUUACCUGCACCAAAGUGGUUUUCUGUUUAACUUGACAAUGGUGCUUUUAAAAACAUGUAGACAAGGAUGUAGAUAAUUUUAAAAAACAAAACCUUGACCUCUUUAACUGUAGGCCUAACCACCCGAAAUUCCAGUUCCUGAACUGAAUUAAUCUGAAUUCAGUAUGUACAUGCUGGGUUGGACUCCUGUUCAAGAGACCUCUCUUUAUUAUAGCAGAUUGUUUCCUG